UGUUUUAAUGUCAACGUCUAUGUGGCAACGCUUCUAUACGUGUUGUCUGGCAGCACCUUCUUUUGCCAUAUUUAAGAACAACAAACUCUUGUUAAAUUUUGGAAAAAUAUGUUAAAUCCCACCCGGCAGCAAGUGCUCCGGCUUUAUAAGCAUCUUAUCAAAUACGGCAAUCAUCUGAAGCUAACGGAUAAGAAUUAUUUUCUGGGCCGAGUGCGACACGAGUUCCGUGAAAAUAGGCAGCUAACAAGUGCUCAAGACAUUGAGUUUAAUUUUAAGCGUGGCGAGACAUUGCUGAAGAAAGGCCGCAUACUGUAGUAAUGCUCAAAUUACGUUCCUUAGCUGGUUCACUCUCCAGCAA